CUCGGGUCGCUGCAGUCACUGCGCCAGGAAUCAAAGCCUCCAAAAUCCUCAAUAUUUCACUGCAAAUGCCUCGACUGCAGCCGAAACUGUGCUUUAGUUCUUCACCUUCACAUCUUCUGCGUUUUCUCGUGUAUUUUUUUUACAGCCUAGGCUAUGAAUCGCCCUUUGGUUUUGUUUUAUUCCGAUGAUUGAUUUGUGUUACUGCGUCUUUUGUCGCUCGCGCAUUGAGGUCAGUAAGUCACAUAUGAUGCGCGUGUGAGCCGACAUACGCACGCGAUUAUUUCACGCUGCGAUCAUCUGUAAAGCUUCAAACAUGUCCGUGUAUUCACACUGGCUCGUGUUCGGUUCUCUUCUCCUGGUUCUGGUUCCUUCUGAGGUUCUGACUGCUGGGCCAGUGCUUCUCCCCAGUCCUCUCCAGUCUCACGGGCCGGUUCUGGAUGUUCCCGUUGGCUUCGAGGAGCAUGACGAGGUCUCUCGGAAGCCUGGAGCGAUGGAGAGCUCUCACGAGAGCUCCGGGUUCUUCAACGAGGACAGCGAGGACACCAAGAGCGUCCAGCCGAUCAAGAGAUGGGAAACACAGACAGAGAAUAAAGAAGGUUCAGACGCGGAUGCCAUGAGCGAGCGCUGUCUGUUGCCCAAGAAGGUGGGGCCGUGUCGUGGGGAUUUCACUCGCUGGCACUUCAACCCCGGCGCUAACAUGUGCAUGAAGUUCACGUUUGGAGGGUGUAAAGAAAAUGGCAAUAACUUCCUGUCGCUGGAGGAGUGUGUUAAAGCUUGUCACCCAGACUCCGAAUACAGUCCCUCAUCCCCAGAACCCACAUCUUCCGCCCUCCCUCUGAUCAACACAUCCUCAUUAUUCGUCCCCACGCCGGAGGCCAUGAAGUUGGAGAGUGAAACAGAAUCUAGCGGCUUCCCACUUCACCUCUCCCCCGGCUUGACACCUUCACCUGCCGCUGACCACGCCCACUCCACAGACACACCCCCCGCCCUUGAUCUCACCCAUCAGGUCACAGGGGGCUCUGACACACCUCUCACGUCUGAGGACCCGUUCGAUGACGAGAGCAGCCGCACGGUCACUCAAUCACCCACGGCUCCUGAAGUCGGGCUCAUGCCUAGCCGAGGGCCGCUACAGCCCGAUGAGAGGCACCGCGACGAUUCUGAGGAAGAUGAAGAGACGGUGGUGUUUCCCACCGAGCCGAAUGAAGACGACGAUGAAUGGCGAUAUCUCACGACCGGCCCCUCGUCCUACCCUGCUUCUGAUAUGCCACCUGUGGUGUUCACUGAGACGUCCUGGCAGGGAGCUCCGCCCACCACAACUGAGGACGAGGGAGGGGCGGAGCUUCGUCACGGCGGUACCGAAUUUUUAACAGAAACCGAGCUUCGUGACUCAGAAGUGUCCCAGGAGGCCGAGCAGGUGAUUUGUGUGGACUGGAGUAACCUCGCAGGAAAAGGUUACGUCAUCCUCACCAUGACCGACAACUUUGACUGUGAUGAGUUUCGUAUGGAGAAUGGAGACAGACUCCUGGAGAUGCUGGAAAACACUUUCUCCAGGAAGAUGAACAUCCCGCAGGGGUCCUGGCUUAUCUUCCUCAGCAAACCCACUCAACAGGACCACCAGCUCCUCAUGACACUCGCCAGCGAGCAGGAAAUUAUCGCACCAAAAGAGGUUGUGUCAAUGCUGGGAGAAAUCAGAAGAGGUUUGUAUGAGAUUGGCAUCCAGAAUUAUUCCACGGUAAACACGUGCCACUCGAGACCCAGUCAAACCCGCAGCGACUACGGCAAACUGUUUGUAGUUCUGGUGAUCAUCGGCUCAAUCUGUGUCCUCAUCAUCGCUUCUGGAAUCAUCUAUAUCUGCUGGCAGCGCCGUUUACCCAAACUCAAGAACAUGUCGCGUGGUGAAGAGCUUCACUUCGUGGAGAACGGCUGCCACGACAACCCCACGCUGGACGUCACCAGCGACAACCAAUUAGAGACGCAGGAGAAGAAACACAGUGCCAAUGGAGUGACGGCGGGCGGGGAAGCGGGAAGCGGCUGGCAGGUGCUGGUCAACAAGCCCGGAAAAGAGGAGGAAGACAACCAGGAGGAAGACACGCACCUUUAAUCAGGAAAACUGUCGGCGUUGAGAAGCAGCGUUGCGUUUGAGACUAUGAAGGCACAAGAGGUUUUCAAGCUUUUUCGAAACAUCCGCUGUAUAACAUGUGACGUGUUUUGGCUUGUACGACAUUUUACUUUAUCUGCAUUUAUGACGAUGAAAUUCAGUUGGACUGACGUGCUUUGAAACGCGACUUCUGAGGCCGGGAACAAAUCAUUAGGAUUUAUUUCAAUUGAAUGUGUCAAACAAUCGUUUUAGAAUUUUGAAUUGGUUUGAAUAUCUCAGAUGUUUGGUCUGAGGAAAAAAUGCACUGUUAUAUGAAAAUAUUUGCAAAAAAUGAACAUUCUGUCAUGCCAUUCGUAUCCAGAAUUACAUUCCCAGAUAGAAUAUGUACGUCUGUAAGAUGUCUGCUAAAGAUCUGGAAAACGUCUGCUUUGUAAAAACGUCUGAUAAAUGUCUUAGAAAGAGCAGUUUUACAUCUGCUAAAGAUCUGUAGGUCUGGAAAACGUCUGCUUUGUAAAAACGUCUGAUAAACGUCUUAGAAAGAGCAUUUUUACGUCUGCUAAAGAUCUGUAGGUCUGGAAAACGUCUGCUUUGUAAAAACGUCUGAUAAAUGUCUUAGAAAGAGCAGUUUUACGUCUGCUAAAGAUCUGUAGGUCUGGAAAACGUCUGCUUUGUAAAAACGUCUGAUAAAUGUCUUAGAAAGUGCAGUUUUACGUCUGCUAAAGAUCUGUAGGUCUGGAAAACAUCUGCUUUGUAAAAACGUCUGAUGAAUGUCUUAGAAAGAGCAGUUUUACGUCUGCUAAAGAUCUGUAGGUCUGGAAAACAUCUGCUUUGUAAAAACGUCUGAUGAAUGUCUUAGAAAGAGCAGUUUUAAGAUACAUUCUAAAUCAUAAACAUCUUACAGACAUCUUCUAGAGACAUCUCAGAGACGUAUUGCAGAUGUAAAUGCAGACAUCUCCCAGAUGUAUGUGUGCUAUCAGGGCUAACAAAAAUAAAGAACUGAGAAAUACACAUGAUCGCUUGAAUGAAUUUUAGGUCAGCAUCGGUUAUUUUUUUCGCUCUUGCGUGCUGAAACAACACGAGUAAAUUACAGAAUUUUCAUUUUUUGCCUAAACAUAAACACUAGUACUUGACAAAAAUGAUUGUAUGAAGGGAUUUUUGUUGAAGGUUUGGACAGUGUAUUCUAACAAUACACUUUAAACUUAAUUUCAUUUAUUUCACUGCAAAUUGCAUAUUGCGUUUUACAUGCUGAAUGCUGAAUGGACGUCCUGCCUCGCUACGUCAUCGUGUAUGGGAAUGGCUCUGCGCUGGAUUAAUGUUGCUCUUUAAGGUUUAUAUAUCGCACAUUUAUUGUUUUGAAGCACUAACGGCCCCCAUCCUAUUCAAUAACUGCAUCUCUUUGACUCUUGCAGGUUAUCAAUGUUUAGUUCAAAACAUUGUGUUCAAUUGCCAAAAAAGUACUGUGCUUAAAACUUGACGGAAAUUCCUCUCGGAAUCUGAACUUUAUUUUACAAGGUGGCUAAUUCAUAUAAAUCGUACGAUUGUUAGAUAAAAUAAGCAAUAAUGAAGCCCCGCCCCUAAACCUAACUAUCACUCGCAUGAUUCGUACGAAUCGUUUAUACGUAUUGGCCGCCUCCUAAAAUAUGGAAUUGCCAUGAGUCUAGCUGAUCGGAAUACAUUUUUAUGUUUAUAGCGAUGCUCUUGUAACCAAUGUAUUCCCUUGGUUAAAAAAACAGUAAAAAGUAAAAAAAAAAACUUCUGGUUUCACUAAGAUGUGCAUGAAACACUGUAGUAUAUAAGUCUAUGCACAUGCCAGGGGUCGACUGAAUACACACGUUUAACAAACGUUAACAGCUAAUAUUAUUAUUACUUCAAAACACUAACAUAUGUGCAUUCUUCUGUAAUAGUUUUCGUUAUCAAGCCUUGACGUAGAAUUCAGCGCUUCUGUUUUGUUCCCUUCAGUCUCGGUACAAGAGCUAUUUGUGCAUUUGCACUUUUUUGCAUUUUUGAUUUUGUACCUCAAUUUGCUUAAUGUAUCUGAUUGUAAGGACAUCUAGCUCUCACUGUUUUCUGGCAAUUUUAUGUUACAAUGGUCAAAAAAAAUAAAUGUUUUGAGAAGUCUU